UUUAAGCUCUGAUGUGCUUCUUCUGAAAAGUGCCAACUCCAUUUAAAUGUCUCCUUUCGUUUCUUCCUCAGUUAGGUUUCAGUAUUCCAGCAAACCAGAAGGUAACAAGUGUCACUUUCUUUCAGAUAACAUUGUAGCUUUCUCUUUAUUCUAAUCAAUUUUUUUUGCUUUUCCAGCCUCAGUCCCAUGAACUCUGAUGAAAGCUGUUUGUCAAACAGCCAAGAUCACAUUCCACUGGCUGCACUUCCUUUGUUGGCAACAUCAUCUCCUCACUACCAGGAGGCAGUUGCUACGGUGAUUUUCAGAGCAAAUCAGGUGUACAGUGAUUUUAUCAAAUCUCAGGAGGGUGUCUCCUUUAGUGGCCAGGUAUGUUUGAUUGGAGAUUGUGUUGGGGGAAUCCUGGGAUUUGAUGCCCUCUGCUUCAGUAAUCAGACAGUCUCUGAGAGCCAGAACAGUAGCAGGAGAGGUAGUGUUGUGAGUGUGCAGGACAAUGAUCUAUUAUCUCCUGGUAUAGUUGUGAACAACAGCUGUAUGUGCAAUGCUUCCAACCUGGAAACCAGCAGGCAUCUCAGUAGAAGCAACAUUGACAUUCCUCGAAGCAGCAUGGAUAAUCCAAAUAAACAGCUGCCAAGAAAGAGGAGUGAUUCUUCAACAUAUGAACUUGACACAAUUAAACACCACCAGGCUUUUCUUUCAAGUUUGCAAUCUAGUGUGUUAAAGAAUGAUCCUGGGUCAAGGCGAUCUAGUGGUUCAACCAUGCUCGAAGGAGUAAACCCUGGAAAGUUUGAAUUUGAAGUGACUGACUUCUUUCUGUUUGGCUCCCCCUUGGGACUGGUCCUGGCAUUGAGGAAGACAGUGAUUCCCAGCUUGGAUGUCUACCAGUUGAGACCAGCAUGUCAACAGGUUUACAAUCUCUUCCAUCCAGCGGAUCCUUCAUCUUCCCGCUUGGAGCCACUUCUGGAGAAGAAAUUCCACCUGCUCCCACCAUUUAAUGUUCCCCGGUAUCAGAGAUUUCCACUGGGUGAUGGCAGCUCUGUUCUUCUGGACGUUAUUCAGUCUCACGCUGGCAUCCUCAUGGAAAGUUCAUCGCCAUCCUCCCCCUUAACAGCCCCAGUUUUCCGGGGAUUCCGGAGGGCAAGUGAAGUCAGCAUUGCCAGUCAGGUGUCGGGAAUGGCAGACAGUUACACAGCUUCCAACAUAGCGAAUAGUAAGUGCUGCUAUACGUCAAAAUAUCCUGUGUGUUAUUAGUAAACAUGAAUGGGAUUCCACUGAAUUUGCAGGAAACCCUGAUCCUGGUGUGGCACCAGGUCCCUGUAAUCUGUACAAUUGCAUGGGGUACCAAGCAGAUCCAGUGCAGUCACGUGUUGAUUAACAUGUGAUCCCUGAUCUUUCUGUCAACUGUUUUAUUGUAAACAUCCCUUUUCCAGGUCUCUCGGAUACAGACAUAAGUGUUGAUUGAGUAGGUAGUGUUCAUUAUUUUGAUUCAACAAACUGUUUCGAGGCAGUGUGUCCCCCACAAAGCAAAUUCAGCUCCUGCUCCU